AUGUCACAAAUGGAUUUCCCGGCUUUAUGGCGAAAAUGGAUUAUGGGUAUCCUGUCAUCUGCGAGGUCCUCGAUACUAGUUAAUGGUUCACCUACACUAGAGUUCAAGAUUGAGCGUGGUGUACGCCAAGGAGACCCACUAUCCCCUCUACUCUUCAUUCUUGCUAUGGAAGCGCUACAUGUGGCUACGGUCACGGCAAACGCUAGUGGGAUUUUCAAAGGGUGCAAAAUGCCAAACAAUGGUCCUACCAUCUCCCAUCUACUCUAUGCGGAUGACGUCUUAUUUGUGGGAGAAUGGUCGGAAUCAAACAUUCAAAACCUUUCAAGAUUACUGAGAUGUUUCAAUCUAUCCUCGGGUCUUAAGGUUAAUUUUAACAAGAGCCAAUUAUUCGGUGUAGGAGUAGAUAUGGGUGUGGUUGAACAAAAGGCCUUUAUUCUAAAUUGCAAAACGGGUGUGCUUCGUUUCUCCUACCUAGGACUCCCGGUUGGAUCGACAUGGGAUUGGUAA